AUGGAAAGGGAUCGAGUUGCUGGAUCUUGCAACUCCCCUCCCUAUUUUGACGGCAAUAACUACGCUGCAUGGAGAGAAAAAUUUGAGAUAUUCCUUGAUGCUCUUGAUGAGUAUGCAAGUGGGUAUCUCACAAAAGAGUGGGUUGCUCCGGUCAAGACUGUUGAGGGUGAGGUUGUGCCCAAGCCUAGGUCAGAAUGGACUGAAGCUGAGGUGUUUGCUGCAUAUUCGAACAAGAAGGCCAGAAAUGCCUUAGUUACAGCUUUGUCUAGCACACAAUUUGCACAUAUACAACACAUCCCUAAUGCUAAACAAGCUUGGGAUAAACUAAGGGUGGUUCAUGAAGGGGAUGACCAAGUUAGAACCCUAAAACUUCAGAUGGUGCUUGCACAAUUUGAAGAACUUAGGAUGUCUGAAACUGAGUCUAUUUCUGAGUUCUAUGAAAGAGUUGAGAUGAUCACAAAUGAAGCCAUGAGUCUAGGUCAACCCAUUGAAGAGCUUCUUGUUGUUCAGAAAAUUCUUCGUGUUCUACCAUCUAGGUUUAGAGCAAAGAAAACCGCAAUCAUGGAGGAGUGCAUGUUUCCUCUCCGAAAGGUGGUGAUAAAUCCUCAGGUUUUGAGGAUGAGAUGGCCUUGUUUGUCAAAAAAUUUAGGAGAAUUCUUAAGGAUAAGGGAAAGUUUGCUAGAGAGGGCAGCUCUGGUAGUGAGAAAAAUUUUAGACCAUCAACUGAUCGGUUUAAUGAGAGGAAUAAGGAUGUCAAACCUUUCACGAAAGAUUUUAGAAAAUCUGUCAAGUGCUUCACAUGUGGAGGCAUUGGACACUAUGCUGCUGACUGUGCAAACAAUCAGAAAAAAAUACUCCAAAGGAAAGGACAAGGCCAUGAAAGUGAGCUGGAGUGAGAGUGAAAGUGAAGGCUCUCAAGAUGAUUCAUCUUCCUCUGAUGAUGAUGACCAACAUGUUGCCUUUGUUGCCUCUGUACAGCCCAUGUUUGAUGAAUCUGAUUCUGAGUCAGAUGACCUGUCAUACGAGUCAUUAGGAAGAAAACAUGAUUGUUUGUUUAAAGAGACCUUGUCCUUGAAAGAAGAGAGCCUCAAACUUGAGGCAAAUAAACAAGAUCUUCAACAUGAAAUUCUCAUCUUAAAAGAAACCAAAAAGGAGUUGAGUGACAAAUUUGAGUCUCUAGAAAAAGAAAUUGAUGCUCUUGUGUCAAUUAGGAGUAACCUCGAGAACCAAGUUAAUGUGCUCAAGGAAAGUAACAUUGGUUUCCAGAACUCAAACAAACAGCUCCUAGGUGAAUUGAAUGAAGCAAAUAGGAAGAUUAUAUCUAUGACCAUUGGUGCAUCAAAAAUUGACAAAAUGUUGAAUAUGGGAAAACUUCAUGGGGACAAAGGUGGUCUUGGAUUUAAUCACUUUGGUUCUAGUUUGUCUAGUUCUACCACUAAGUUUGUCAAAUCAGAAAAUCCAGUCACGAUUCCUCUUGAUGUUCAGCAGGUUGUCAAGAAACCUAAGUUUGUUCCAACUUGUCACAGGUGUGGGUUGACUGGUCAUAUUCGACCAGCCUGUCAUAUGUAUAGCAAAGAUAAGACCAGAAAAUUGUCUCCAAAAUCUAAAAGGAAUCCCAGAUCUUUGCAAGAUCAAGUUGAUCAUUUGCUGAAUGAGGUCACUAAGAUAGCCAAACUUGUCUCCCUCAAAAUGAGUUCUCCUAUUGUGCCUAAGUCUACUUGGAUUGCAAGAGGUCAUAGCAAAUCUCUUGUUGUGCUAAAUGCUUUUGCUGCUUCAAAUAUCAACUCUUGGUAUUUUGAUAGUGGUUGUUCCAAACAUAUGUUUGGAGAUAAAAAUGUUUUCUCAUCUCUCAGCCCCUUUGAUGGAGGCACUGUGACUUUUGGUGGAGGUCAUAGAUCUCAAGUUGUUGGAAAAGGUACUGUUUGUAUCCCUGGUCUGCCCGAGCUUAAGAAUGUUAGAUUUGUUGAGGGUCUCACAUCCAAUCUCAUUAGUGUGAGUCAGCUGUGUGAUGAUGGAAUAGUAGAAGUUAGAUUCUCCAAGCAUGGCUGCAAAAUCAUUGGAAAAGGUGGAAAUGAGAUUGUGAGCGUGGCAAGGUCUAGGGACAAUUGCUUCUGCAUUGAUGGUGUCAACGAUGCAAAAGAAAUAGUUUGCAACAAGGUUGUAAAUGAAACAAGUAUUUUGUGGCAUCAAAGGCUUGGACAUGUUAAUUUUACAGACUUGCAUAAAUUGUCCAAGAGAGAGUUAGUAAGUGGCUUACCAAAGCUGGAAAAAUCUGAUGAGCAUGUUUGUGAAGGAUGUCAAUUAGGCAAACAAGUCAGAGUGUCACACAAAAAGGUCAAACACAUUCAAACAAAUGUAAUUCUAGAACUUGUUCACAUGCACCUUGUUGGUCCUAUCCAAACCGUGUCCCUUGGUGGAAAGAAAUAUAUUCUUGUCAUGGUUGAUGAUUUCUCUAGGUUUACUUGGGUCUCAUUUCUACGUGAGAAAUCUGAAACUUUUCAAAGGUUUAAGUCUGUUUGUCACCUUUUGCAAAAAGAGAAGAUGACCAGUCAUCUGCCUCUUGUUAGAAUUAGAACAGACCAUGGCUCUGAAUUUGAGAAUUCUCAGUUUCUGAAAUUUUGCGAAGAGAUGGGAAUUAAACAUGAGUUCUCUGCACCUAUUACACCUCAGCAAAAUGGUGUUGUGGAGAGAAAGAAUAGAGUGCUUGUAGAGAUGGCAAGGGUGAUGCUAAAUAGCAAAAAUCUUGCUAAACACUUUUGGGCUGAAGCUGUCAAUACAGCUUGUUACAUCUCAAACAGGGUAUUUGUGAGGUCUGGUACCAAACAAACUCCCUAUGAGAUUUGGAAAGGAAAGAAGCCUAAUGUGUCAUAUUUUAAGGUCUUUGGUAGCACAUGCUAUAUUUUGAGAGAUAGGGAGCAUCUUGCUAAGUUUGAUUCUAAGUGUGAUAAGGGAAUCUUUCUAGGGUAUUCCACUUCUAGCCGAGCCUAUAGAGUGUACAAUUGUAGGUCCAGAACCAUCAUUGAAUCCAUAAAUGUCACUAUUGAUGAUUUUGCUGCCUCUAUAGAGAUGGCAUUAGAUGAGGAUGGUCUUUUUCCUCCUCCUCCACUUGAGCAAGAAUCUCCAGGUCUGGAUCUUGUGGUUGACCUGUCAACUUUUGAAAAUUCUGUCCCGGUUGACCUGUCAACCCCUUCAACUUCUAGUUCCAUCUCCUCUGUCCAGGCUGACAGCUCUCAUACUGAUCAUAGUUCUCUCACUCCAUCUGCGAGUGUCAUUAUUGGCCCUCUUAAUCAGGGAGUGAGAACUAGGAAACAACUUGCUCAAGAAAUUAGCCAUGUGUGUUAUGUUUCCAAGGAAGAGCCUAGAAAUGUGAAAGAAGCCUUGCACCAUGGUGAAUGGUUUCUUGCAAUGCAGGAAGAAUUAAAUCAAUUGUGA